AAAUCAAGCAUUUAUUGAACAUUCUAAUUUCUUUAUUAUCAAGAACAAGCAAAGACAUCAUGUAGUUGGUUGCGUCUUCUUUAAUCUUUCUAAAUUUGUUAAGAAAAAGCAAAGACAUCAUGUAGAUGGUUGCGUCUUCAUUAAUCUCUCUAAAUCUGUUAAGCAGAAGCAAAGGCAUCAUAUAGUUGGAUGUGUCGUCUUUAAUGUUUCUGAAUUUGUGAAGUACUACGCAUGUGUUAUACGGACAACACUUGUCAAUUUUGAUGAAAUUUUUAAACAAACGCAUAUUCUGAAUCGUCAACCAAAAACACUCAACAAUAUCUUAAAGAUCUUUGGUUAUUUAAUUGAUGAUGACAUAAAGACGUUUUGCUAGAAAGAGACAUCGAUUGUACAAUGAAAGCAGUGGCCGAUUUAGAUUUUAUUGUGGAUACAUCUAUGGAUGCUGCCACCGAAAUGAAGAAACCUAAUAUAUCUCUUGAUGAUGAUCUAGAGGAUGACGACGAAUUCUUUGAGAAGAAAUUUCUUGACAAAGACUACGGUAUUCAAUAUGAUGUUCGUAAAUUAUUAAAAAGUUUUCCUUGGAUUUGUGGUGGUUAUGGUGUACGAUGGGAACCCCACCUAUCUUUGUAUGUGACAGUGGCAGCUGAAAGACGAAAUGAUGAAGAUGCCUUAAGAAAAGAAAUUGAUAAAACUUUUGGAUGGGAAGCUUCUCCUUAUUUUGAAUUUGAACCAGAACCAAAAGGAAAAUCGCAGUUUCGAUGGUUGUCAGAUCUUAAAGUAGUAAAAACAGAAAACGGUCCAAAUCCAAUGAGUGGAGAGAUUCAUGAAACAAUGGCAAAAGGUUCUGUCACAAUGUUUUGUAACAAAGACGAGAAACACUACGCUUUGACAUGUUUUCACAAUUCAUUCAUCACUGACGGACAAGUAGCUGGUAACAAAUUUAAUUUUUCGCACAACUGGAAAGAUAUAAAACAAUUAUACGAGAAAAUUUCUAAAGGAGAGAUCCAAGAUGAAAAUAGGUAUUAUUACGUUCCACUUAUGGGUGAAGAAAUAAAACUUGGAACUCCUUGUUUUCGAUCAUUUAAUGAAAACACUGACAUCAUGGCCAUUGAAGUUGAUGACAAAGAAAUGAUUAAUCGCAACCAUUUCAAAAUCAUGCAGCCUAAUUGGAAAACAGUUGAAAAACAACUAAGGAAAAGAAAUGUAAAGGUUCAGAAAUAUGUUGGAGGCGCUGAAGGAAAAAUUUUAGACAUUAGCUAUUCACACAUAUGCAGAGAAACCGGAUGUGAAAUCUUUAGCAAUGUUAUCACCAUUGAAUGCGACCAUCCUUUUCUUAAAGAUGGAGAUUCUGGAAUGUUAAUAUAUUUCUACAAUGAAGACACAGAACAACACAUACCUCUGGGUUACGGAGUCUGCGAACAUAAAAAAGAUGAUGGAAAAAUUGUCUAUAUAGCAUUUAGAUUGGACGUCGCAUUGAAAAACCUAAACUUAGAGAACUGUCUUUGGUACUUGAAUGCAUAGAAUGAUCUUGGGCUUAUUUUAAUGAAGUUUGGACUGAGAAUAGUUUAUAUUCAUGUUUUUAUUAGUUGCGAAAGUACGUUUUCGUAUUCAUAUACAUGGAUUUAGGUUUAUUGUGUUUAUCAAUUACUUAUUUCACUUUAUUUUAUUAUUAUCAUCAUUUUGGUGUCAUUGAUGACAUGUUCAAUUUCACUGUCUUUUGUAUUCACUAUUCACAUACUUAUUGCAUAAUUCUUGUCAUUAUAAUUUAUAUAUUUUUUCCCAAAUCCAUAAUUUUCUCAAUAAAUUUAUGAUUGGAGUUGAAA